UUGAGGAACUAUUUGGUUAAUAAAGCAUUUCUUGUGAGCUAAUAUGGCAAUGUUCAUGUAUGUUUACAGGAUUUUCAUUUCUCUUUUGCUGAUUUUGGUCCAUUGUGAGGUGACUGUUGAACAGGCUACGCACGGCCCUCUACGCAAAAUCUGUACAUUAACUAGGCUUGAUAAAACUAUAGCAGAAAUACCUCCUCUUGCCAGAGAAGAUGAGGAUGUCAUCACUGAGCUGCUUCGGUGUAAUUCAACAGUAUUACCCCCAAGGUGUUUGAUAACUGGAAGUAAUUCCAAAGUUAUUUGCAAUUGUACCGUUGAGAAUCAUAAAAGAUGUCGAGUGGUGGAGAUAAAUUUCCCCGAUAGACGAAUAGAAGGUGGGAUCCCUCAGAACAUUGGAAACCUUAAAUAUUUGACUACUCUUAAUUUGGAUAGAAACAAGUUGAAUGGACCAAUUCCUGAAUCAUUUAAAGAUCUGACGCGACUAACGCACAUUUCUCUCUGUGAUAAUUCAUUAAACGGAACCAUUCCACUUUCCCUUGGUGAGAUGAAGUCUUUACAAAAAAUAUCUUUGUGCAAAAACUUCUUCAAUGAAACAAUUCCUCCAAAUUUGAAGUCUCUCAAAUCUUUAGAAUAUUUAGAUUUGAGCUAUAAUUUAUUAUCAGGGAACAUACCUGAGCUGGGAGGAAUUGGGACCCUCACCGAAUUGAACCUGGCGGAUAAUCAACUCUCGGGUAAACUCCCGGACAGUCUCACAAGUUUUGUGAAUCUUGAGGAGUUGCAGUUGCAGAACAAUGAAUUUGCUGGUGCCUUGCCGUUGAGCUUCCAUAGUUUGGUGAACCUGAAAACUUUCGAUGUGCGAGGGAACAACCUCAAUGGAACAAUCCCAGAUAUUUUUGGAGGGUGGGAAAAGCUGCUUAUCAUGAAUCUGAUGGGGAAUACUUUUUCUGCAUCAUUCCCUCCCACUUUCUCAGAGCUGAAGAAUCUACAACAACUGUAUAUCAGUGACUCAGUUGGAGAACAGUACUCAUUUCCAAAUUUAUCCACAAUAAAAUCUUUGACAACUUUGACAUUGAGGAAUUGCUCACUAAAAACCGGAAUCCCUGAUUGGAUAUGGAAAAUACCUCAACUAGAGUAUCUGGACUUGAGUUUCAAUAAUUUGUCUGGUGUAAUUCCAGAAACUGGUCCCAAAUCACUGAAAUUUAUAUUUCUAAGAAAAAAUAAACUCACUGGGACAAUUCCAGCUUGGGUCAAGGAUUAUCCAUACGCGGAUCUUUCUGAAAACCAUUUCAACUUAAGCCAAAUAAACAAGACAAAUCCUAACUUGAAUCUGUUCGCAUGCUGCUUCAAUGAAGCGGAAGAGGUUGCAAAGCAGGACCAAGUUGAUUUACAUUGUAAGAAUGGAGCUCAGUUAGAUGACCAUUUGUAUAUAAACUGCGGUGGUGAGUCUGUAUCAGUUAACGGAAAUGUCUAUGAAGCUGAUGUACAUGAAAAUGGUGGAUCAACUUUCUUCAUGAGUAAUAAUUCAAAUUGGGGCUAUAGUAGUAUGGGAACCUUCUUAUGGGCAAAACGUAACAGGUACACUCUAAAUGAUGUAUGCGAAGUUCAUACUGGUGAUGCCGAAUUGUAUGGAACAGCACGUUUAUCCUCAAUCUCUUUGAAAUAUUAUGGAUUUUGUUUGGUACCCGGUACGUACAAAGUGAUUCUUCACUUUGCUGAAAUAUCUAGUAGAAAAUAUAGACUUUCGCAUGGCAAAACAAGGCGAGUCUUUGAUGUAGAAAUCCAGGAAGAAAAGGUGCUGACAAACUUCAACAUAGAAGCAGAAGUAGAAGCACAAGCUGUGAAUGAGCCUAUAACAAGGGAAUAUUCCGCUGAAGUGCGUAACAAUCUACUCGAGAUUCACUUAUACUGGUCUGGAAAAGGGUCAAUCUUAUACCCAUCAGAUAACUAUGGGCCCCUUAUAUCUGCGAUUACAGUAACUCUAGAUCAAUCACAUCUGUCCCAUGGAGUGCUUGUUGGAAUUUCAGGAUCUGCAUUACUUUUUCUAAUAUUGUUCAUUGUUUUUUCCUGGAUGUACCAAGACAAAUUACGUCGGGAAGAACUUAUUGAAUUCUACCCUGGAGGGCUUUACAACUAUCAGAAAAUUAAAGCUGCCACAAAUAAUUUUCAUGAUGGCCGCCGGCUUGGUGAGGGAGGUUUUGGGACCGUCUACGAGGGCACUCUUUUGGAUGGGACUGCCAUUGCAGUUAAAAAGCUUUCGACAACAAAAGAAGGAAUGAACGAGUUUGUGGAAAAGAGUCGUACAAUUGCUGGCAUGAAACAUCCAAAUCUUGUAACACUAAUGGGAUGCUGUGCAGGAAAGAACCAACUUCUGCUUGUCUAUGAGUACAUUGGAACUAAAUCUCUUGAAGAUGCAUUAUUCGGUUCAGAGGAACUUAGAGUAAGCCUAGAUUGGCCAACAAGAUAUAGAAUUUGUCUUGGGCUAGCAGAAGGUUUAGCUUUUCUUCACGAGGGGUCCAAACUUGAAAUUAUACACGGGAAUAUUAGACCAGCGAACAUUCUUCUUGAUGAUGAUCUGAAUCCGAAGAUAUACGAUUUUGGAUUUGCAAAGCUUUAUCACAAGCAAAAGUCAGAAGGAACAAUGUCAUACACCGCGCCUGAAGUUAAAGAUCGCGCCUUAGAAGCCAGCGCGGAUGUGUAUAGCUUUGGAGUUGUCAUGCUUAUACUUGUCAGCGGAAUGAAAAUCAAGACCCCGAGGGCAGGUGGUGACACUGAAUACCUCGUUGAUGAGGCACAAAUAAAGAAUCGGAGGGGAACUCUAAUGGAAUUAGUCGAUCAAACUCUGAAUUACGACUGGGAAGAAGCAGAGAUGAUUCUAAGAUUAGCAAUCCAAUGUAUAGAUUCACCGCCAUUCAGACCAACGAUGUCUACAAUCGUGAAGAUUUUAAGGAAAGAACGUUCAAUCGAGACCAUUUUGAUCAAGCCCAAGGGUGAUUAACUACAACAUCUUGGCGAAAAAGGUUACAAAAUCAUGUCCUAGCUGAUUGUUCUGCUGAAAAAUACCACUCAGAUAUUGAGAAGUGAAGGACUAUCAUAUUUGCUUUAACAAUGUGCUUGAGUAGGGGCGGAGCUAGAAGGCAACUUACGAGUUCAGCUGAAUCAAGUAGUACGUCCGUACUAAAUCUUGCAUUAAUGUAUUUGUGUUGCAAUGUUUUCUAAAUAUGUGCAAAUCUUAAAUUAAGAGUUC